AUGAUCUCGGGAGCCCGCUCGGAGCGCCGUUUGCGCGCCCCGGGAGCCCCGGGCGAGCCAAAGGGCGAGGCCAUCGGAGCCAUCGCGGCGAGCCGGGAGCACGGCGUGUUCGUGGCGAGCGGCAGCUGCCUGGACCAGCUGGACUACAGCCUGCAGCGCCAGGUCUCGCGCCUGUACCGGGACCAAGCGGGCAACUGCACGGAGCCCGUCUUGCUGGCGCCCCCCGCGCGGCCCCGGCCCGGCAGCAGCUUCAGCAAGCUGCUGCUGCCCUACCGGGAGGGGGCGCCGGGCGUCGAGGGGCUGCUGCUCACCGGCUGGACCUUCGACCGGGGCGCCUGCGAGGUGCGGCCCCUGGACAGCCUGCACCGCGACUCGCUGCGCAACGGCACCGAGGUGGUGUCGUGCCACCCGCAGGGCUCGACGGCCGGCGUGGUGUACCGCGCCAGCCACAAGAACCGCUGGUACCUGGCCGUGGCCGCCACCUACGUGCUGCCCGAGCCGGAGAAGGCGAGCCGCUGCAACCCGGCCGCUUCGGACCGCGGCACGGCCAUCGCACUCAAGGACACGGAGGGGCGCAGCCUGGCCACGGAGGAGAUGGGUCGCCUCAAGCUGCGCGAGGGCGCGGGCAGCCUGCACUUCGUGGACGCCUUUCUGUGGAACGGCAGCGUCUACUUCCCCUACUACCCCUACAACUACAGCAGCGGGGCCGCCACCGGCUGGCCCAGCAUGGCGCGCAUCGCGCAGAGCGCCGAGGUGCUGCUGUUCCAGGGCCAGGCGGCCCUCGACUGCGGCCGCGGGCUCCCCGACGGCCGCCGCCUGCUCCUCUCCUCCAGCCUGGUGGAGGCUCUGGGCCUCUGGGCGGGCGUGUUCAGCGCGGCCACCGGGGAGGGCCAGGAGACUCGCUCCCCCGCCACCACGGCGCUCUGCCUCUUCAGGAUGAGUGAGAUCCAGGCGCGCGCCAAGAGCUGCAGCUGGGACUUCCAGACCGAGCACAACUGUAAAGAAGACGAAAAACCCGAAAGAAUACAACCGAUCGCCUCGUCCACCUUGAUCCAUUCUGACCUGACUUCCGUGUACGGCACUGUGGUUUUGAACAGGACUGUUUUGUUCUUGGGGACUGGAGAUGGCCAGUUACUUAAGGUUAUUCUUGAUGAGAAUUUGACUUCAAAUUGUCCAGAGGUGAUCUACGAAAUUAAAGAAGAAACCCCUGUCUUCUACAAACUUGUGCCUCACCCAGUGGAUCGCAGCUACAUCUAUCUAACAGCUGGGAAAGAGGUCCGGAGAAUUCGCGUGGCGAACUGCAGUAAACAGAACACCUGUGCGGCGUGUUUGAAGGCAGCAGACCCUCACUGCGGUUGGUGUCACUCGCUACAAAGGUGCACUUUUCAAGGAGAUUGUGGACAUUCCAAUAACUCAGGAAACUGGAUGGAUAUGUCAUUUGGAGCUGAACAGUGCCCUAAAAUUCAGAUGAUUCGAAAAAGUAAAAUGGAGACCACUGUGACUGUGGUUGGAAGCUUCUUUCCACGACAUUCCGCCUGUGUGGUGACUAAUGCUGACACCAAGAAGGAGCUCUGCAGGAGCGAUGCCCAGGCGAAUCAGACCUGCAACUGUACCAUCCCCACCAGAGCGCCCUUCAAAGAUGUCUUAGUUGUCAACGUCGCGUUCUCCUUCGGUGAUUGGAGUUUAUCAGAGAGAUUCAACUUCGCCAACUGCUCAUCGUGGGGAGAGUGCCAGGGAUGUAUUGGAGCUGGCUGCGCGUGGUGUGCCCGGGAGAGAAAGUGUAUCCACCCCUUCACGGCGUGUGAUCCUUCUGCUUACAAGAAAAACCAGGAAUUGUGUCACGUUGUCCUGGAGACGGGGCCACCAUCCAAGAUGUCAGGAGGAAAGUUGAUGGAGAAUAAGACAAGCAGAACCAGCCAGAGCUUCCAGGUCUUCUACAUUAAGCCACAGAAAAUAUCGACUUUAGGGAAAAGUAACGUGGUGGUUACCGGAGCCAACUUCACUCGGGCAUCUACCAUCACCAUGACCCUGAAAGGAACCAGUACUUGUGAUAAGGAUGUGAUCCCGGUCAGCCAUGUGGUCAAUGACACCCACAUGAGAUUCUCCCUUCCAUCGGGUCGGAAGGAAAUGAAAAGUGUGUGUAUCCAGUUUGACGGCGGUCACUGUUCUUUUGAGGGGUCACUAGCUUACAUAGCUCUGCCUCACUGCUCCCACAUCUUUCCUGCUGCCACCUGGACCAGUGGUGGUCAAAAUAUAACCAUCGUGGGCAGAAACUUUGAUGUAAUUGACAACUUAAUUAUUUCCCAUGAAUUAAAAGGAAACAUCAAUGUGUCUGAAUAUUGCAUGGCAACUCACUGCGGGUUUUUAGCCCCCAGUUUAAAGAACCCCAAGGUGCGUACAAAUUUCACUGUGAAGCUACGAGUCCAGGACACCUAUUUGGAUUGUGGGACCUUGCAGUACCUUGAAGACCCCAAGUUUACUGGGUACCGGGUAGAAUCCGAGGUGGACACAGAGCUGGAAGUGAAAAUUCAGAAAGAAAACGAUCACUUCAACAUUUCCAAGCGAGACAUUGAAAUCACUCUCUUCCAUGGGGAAAAUGAACAAUUAAAUUGCAGCUUUGAAAAUAUUACUAGAAAUCAAGAUCUCACCACCAUCCUUUGCAAAAUUAAAGGCAUUACGGCUGCAAACAGCAUCGCCACCUCUUCCAAGAAAGUCCGAGUCCGCCUGGGGAAUUUGGAGCUCUUCGUUGAGCAAGAAUCCGUUCCUUCCACUUGGUAUUUUCUGAUCGUGCUUCCCGUCUUGCUAGUGAUUGUCAUCUUUGCGGCUGUGGUGGUGACCAGACACAAAUCCAAGGAGCUGAGUCGCAAGCAGAGUCAGCAGCUGGAGCUCCUGGAAAGCGAGCUCCGGAAAGAGAUCCGCGAUGGCUUCGCUGAGCUGCAGAUGGAUAAAUUGGACGUGGUUGAUAGCUUUGGAACCGUUCCCUUCUUGGACUACAAGCAUUUUGCUCUGAGAACUUUCUUCCCGGAGUCAGGUGGCUUCACCCACAUCUUCACUGAAGAUAUGCAUAACAGAGAUGCCAAAGACAAGAAUGAAAGUCUCACAGCGCUGAAUGCCCUCAUUUGUAACAAAAGCUUCCUUGUGACUGUCAUUCACACCCUCGAAAAGCAGAAGAACUUUUCCGUGAAGGACAGGUGCCUGUUUGCCUCCUUCUUGACCAUUGCACUGCAAACCAAGCUGGUCUACCUGACCAGUAUCCUGGAGGUGCUGACCAGGGACUUGAUGGAGCAGUGUAGCAACAUGCAGCCCAAGCUUAUGCUGAGACGCACAGAGUCGGUGGUGGAGAAGCUCCUCACCAACUGGAUGUCCGUCUGCCUCUCUGGUUUCCUUCGGGAGACUGUGGGAGAGCCCUUCUAUCUGCUGGUGACGACUUUAAACCAGAAAAUCAACAAGGGCCCCGUGGAUGUCAUCACUUGCAAAGCCCUGUACACCCUCAAUGAAGACUGGCUGCUGUGGCAGGUCCCCGAGUUCAGCACCGUGGCAUUAAACAUCGUCUUUGAGAAAAUCCCCGAAAACGAGAGUGCAGACGUCUGUCGGAAUAUCUCGGUCAAUGUGCUUGACUGUGACACUGUAGGCCAAGCCAAAGAGAAGAUUUUCCAGGCGUUUUUAAGCAAAAAUGGCUCUCCUUAUGGGCUUCAGCUCAAUGAAAUUGGACUCGAGAUGAAGAUGGGGGUGCAGCAGACAGAGAUGGUUUCAAUUUCAUGUUCAAAGGUCCUCUUAGGAGAUAGUCUUGGUUUUUCUAACCCCGUUAUGUUUUAUCUUUGCUUUCAGAUAUCAAACGGAUCCACUAUAAAAGUCUUUAAGAAGAUAGCGAAUUUUACUUCAGAGGUGGAAUACUCAGACGACCACUGCCACUUGAUCUUACCAGAUUCAGAGGCGUUCCAGGAUGUGCAAGGAAAGAGACAUCGAGGGAAGCACAAGUUCAAAGUAAAAGAAAUGUACCUGACAAAGCUGCUGUCGACCAAGGUGGCCAUUCAUUCUGUGCUCGAGAAGCUUUUCAGAAGCAUUUGGAGUUUACCCAACAGCAGAGCCCCGUUUGCGAUAAAAUACUUCUUUGACUUUUUGGAUGCCCAGGCUGAAAACAAAAAAAUCACUGAUCCUGAUGUGGUCCAUAUCUGGAAAACAAACAGCCUUCCUCUGCGCUUCUGGGUGAACAUCCUGAAGAACCCUCAGUUCGUCUUCGACAUUAAGAAGACGCCGCACAUAGACGGCUGUCUGUCCGUGAUCGCCCAGGCGUUCAUGGACGCCUUUUCUCUCACGGAGCAGCAACUGGGGAAGGAAGCACCGACUAACAAACUUCUAUAUGCCAAGGAUAUCCCCACCUAUAAAGAGGAAGUAAAAUCUUACUACAAAGCAAUCAGGGAUUUGCCUCCAUUGUCAUCUUCAGAAAUGGAAGAAUUCUUAACUCAGGAAUCUAAGAAACAUGAAAAUGAAUUUAACGAAGAAGUGGCCUUGACAGAAAUCUACAAAUACAUCGUGAAGUAUUUUGAUGAGAUUCUAAAUAAACUAGAAAGAGAACGAGGGCUGGAAGAAGCUCAGAAACAACUCUUGCAUGUCAAAGUCUUAUUUGAUGAGAAGAAGAAAUGCAAGUGGAUGUAAGCUCUCUGGGGCCUGGCUUAACAUGGCAAAGUUCUUCAGACGACUUGGGAGCAAAAUGGCUGCUUGAGCUACUCUGUGUCGUUAAUCGUUCCGUUUGCACAUAGGUUCCACGUCGACCACUGUCUUUGUCAGAGACGCAGGUCCAUGGCCCACUUUUAGAAAGCAGAGUCCAGCGUUGUGCCUGUGGGAACCCUUCUGUAAAUAGAGUUGAAGUGGUGGUUGCAGACAGCCUCCUUGUUUACAGAGAAAACAGGCCAGUGGCUAGUGCCCUGCUAUUGUUAACUACAGUCUCCACUUAAGCACAAUAGAAGUGGUUUGUCAGAAAACUACAGCUAGGUAUAGAUAGCACUUGUGACUACACUGCCCCUCUACAGAAAAGGGCCGUUGCCAGGGCUCCGCACAAAAUGUGAAGUGAGCCAUUUGGAAACAAGGUGGGGGUGUUUUAGGGCAACCUCGAGGAUUUGCAGCAUUGACACUUUUCCCCAGUUCUUGGAAAAGCUGACUGCAGAAUUUGGUAGUGUGUACACUUAGCAUUUGUGUGUGUGCACACGCGUGCGUGUGUUUUUUAAACCAAAAAACGAACAGUGUUGCCACAUUGUUGAAAGGGCUUGUGUUUUUCCGUGGUCACCAACUGCACUCCAUCCGCCUCCCCUCCCCCUGCCCCGGGAGCUCUAAAGCAAGGAGCACGGUGUGCUAGCACCCCACCCACCGUGUUCUCGCCGAGCCUCCCGGCUCCCCAUUCCUUUGCUCAUCCUAUGUGUAUGUGACGGUGGACGUGUUGGGUGUCGUGACAGAGGACCUCGUUAGUCGUGCACGUGUUCUGUCUCAAAGGUCAGCACGUUCUGUGAACAGUGGCUUGCGUUUCCAAUCCUAUCUUCUAGACUGGUGUCUCCUUGCUUUAGAUUCCAAGUGAACCCUGUGGUUAUAAAUACUUGUGUGUGAUUUCAAAAAAAAGACACAUUUUACAUUUCAUGAAAUUGCUGUUCACACUGGAGUAUUAUAUAUAAAUAUAUAUCUUUGAGGCCCAAGGCCCGAAAUGAUUAGUAUACAACUUGGUAUCUUAGUCUUACUAUGUACUUUUUGAAAGUAUUCCUCGCAGGAGAAAAUUAAAAAUACCCAUUACUCAUGCCUUUCUUUUUAAAGAACUCCCUCUCCCCUUAUACUGUAGUCUUUUUAUUGCUGAUUUUUUUAUUCCUGAACUUUUGCUGCUCAUGACCAAUUUUAAUACCACUGUGUUUUCCUUUCACUAAACCAAGGGAAGUAAAAAAGCAAGCUUAAUUGGCAACUCUCCCAAGCCUUUCUGUGGCACCUUUGACCCUUGGUGCUCCAAAGCCCCAAAUGAAUAAAUGCUUUUUUCAAACUGCACACGCAUUCCUCAAAGUCAUGUACCUACACUGUACGUAACACCUGGAUUUUAAACAUGAGACUUGCCCUAAAUGAAAUUCGUUUUGCUCCCCGAUAUCUGGUAAAUAGCGAGAGCGGUGAUGUCUCAACCAAGGGAUCGUAAAAGCAGCAGUUACUGUCCCUGAUAGGCACCCUCCCAACCCCACCGCCUUCGACCAUUGUCUGUCCAACGGACACACCUCACAAAUACUACCAAAUCGGGUUCUUGUAAGUAUCGAGAGAGGUCUGGCCCCAUGACGGCUGCUACCAUCUCAAAAGGUGUGAAGGAGUUCCUAAGCGAACUCUAGUAGGAGAGUUGAGAGCCAAGGGUAGGAGAGUUACCCAAAAGACGUCCCCUUCUUUAGGGCACAGAAAUGCUAAGGGAAUUCAGAGGAUCAGCUACAGCUUUACCGUUAAGUAUUUACUAAAUGCUACAGGUGAGGGUGUCCCUGUCCAGCUCUCUGGCACACAGUCCUGUGGAAUUAACUGCGCUUCCAGGGAUUAUGCUGCUGGGGACUUUGGACAAGUCACUUAACUCUUUGUGCCUCGAUUUCUGUAUAAUAUUUCUAACCUACCUCACUGAGGUGGCGUGAAGAUUCACUAAUGUAUGUAGCGUGUUUGUCAAUCCCCCAGUGAAAAGCACUGUCUAGAUCCACGUUUUGGGUCACAUUAGCCAAACGCAGAAAAUGGCCAAAUCAGAUGUGUGCUGAAGACAAUCAGUCACUGGGUCCAUAUGAAACAGCAACCAGAGAAACAAAUGGCAAACCAUUUCUAUUUUCAAGUUUCUUUGCAUAUUUUUUUGGUGCAAGACAAUUCAUUUAUAAACUUCUUUUUUCUAACACUAGUGUCUACAGCAGCAUUUAAAAAUUAUUUGGUUACCUUUUUCCGUAUUAGGAUUUAAAGUCUACUUCUUAUUGUAUACCUGAUUGAAGAUGUUCUUGGAGAUGAAUGUUUUAAAUGUCUAUAUCCAAAAAUAAACAUUUUGCUGUAA